UGUAUGUGUGCUUUUACAUAUAGACAACGGAUACAGUCUUUGGUUCCAGGCUCACGAUCAUUCCAGCUGGAGCUUUUGUUCCCACACACCCUCGUAUAUGUUUUGUACGUUUAUAUGUACGUGUGGUGGCUCCACUGGCGUGGCGUGAAUUUUGUACGUUCACUCCAGCUCCAUUUCCAUUUCCAAGCAGCCCAGCCAGCAGACCGUAGUAAAAUCCAGUUUUGAUAAAAAUAAACAAAGUACGCUACACCACGCUCUAUACGCUACACUAUGAAUUUCCAGCCAAUGCGGCAGGGCCACCUGCAAAAGGAUCUUUUUCUGGAAUGACAGGGUGGGGCGAAAAGGUUUUCCUCCGCGAUAGAAAGUGAUAUGUUCAUGAAAGUCGCUGAAUGGAUCGGAUGGAUGUAUAUGGGUGUAAUACUUGGUAGUAUAACCCCAUUUUUGGGAAAUGGCAGAGCAUAUUGGAUUCGUUACGGCGGGCCUACAACGGCGAAGUUAACAACCGUAAAAAGCGCAAAUACGACUCAGAGAGUUGCGGCCAGCGGAAGCUUAACAUCCGGAUAAUAUUGCCCAGGCAGAUUCAGUUGUUGUUCUGCUGCCUCGCCUGCUUCUUCCUCUUCUUCCUCGUCUUCUUCUUCGUCUUCAGUUCGUGGCAAAGGCAAAGCCUGUUGCUCAAGCCACUCUCCUUCCCGUCUCCUCCGUCCCCGCCUCCGCAUCUGCCACCGCCUCCGUCCGCUCUUUCCACGAUUCUCUCUCGGCACCGCCAAAAGGCACGUAAACUGGUUGUUGCUGGCUGGGCCGUACACAUCGUGGUGCCCGUACUUUUCGUAUUUUUCGUAUUUUCAGUGCUGCCUGAGCACUUGAGCUGCGCGAGUCGCUUGAAAUCGGAAUUGCCAUCGGACGUCGACUCAGGGGAAUUGGCAACUCGGAUCGCGGACAUGGAGCUGGCCUACAAUGCGUCAUCGUCGGCGGCCUCCGUCGCCCCUGCUUCUUCCCCCGCCUCCUUCGCCUUCACCAACACCGCCAAGCUGCCCAUCGAAACCGUGAAGCGGCUGAUUGCCGCCGUCUCCCGACGUCCAAUGCUCUGGCUGCGCAACAACGCCAAUGGCCAAAAGCGCAGCGACAUUACGCCCGUUUGGUUUGAGGUGGGUCAGGAUGUCAAUCUGCCAGCCGACAUUUGCCGGAUCAAGUGGGGCCACCUGAGGGACAACUUUCGCAAGGUGUACAUCCGCAAUAACCUGUCCACUGAGACGCCUUCGUCGUGGCGCUUCUACAACGACAUGCGGUUUAUGGAGCCCGCCGUCCAUGAGAACAUCAUGCGGCAGACGCGUAGCAGCAGCAAGAAACAUCCUCCAGGGCACUGGACGGAAAACAACAAUGUGCUGGGUCCGGACAAAUACGACACAAUGUCCAUUGUGGCCACGGAGCCCAUUUGCGAGAUCAGCGACAGCUACGACUCGGAGCUGCACCAGCCGAGUUUCUCGGACAUCAGUUCGUUUUUUGAGGACCGUGAGUGCCAACCGCCGGAAAGCAAGAGGUUCAAGCUGGAGCCGCAGCAGCCGGAGCAGCAGGAGGACGAGGAGGACGACGAUGACUUCGACGAGGACGCCGCUUCGGAGAACCUGGAGGAAGAAAGGGAGCGGUUCAAGCGGUCGGAGGCCCCAAAUCCCGGUGUUUAUACAAUUGAAGUGCUGGACGAUGAUGAGGAAAUUGAACGGGCGGUAACCAAGACGCGUUGUAACCACAACAACAGCCACGGCUCCAGCGUAAAGAGCGAACCGGAGGCUAAGGUGUUUUCCAACUCGCAAUCCCCCUCCUCCGAUCUGCCCUUCAAGUACAUCAGCACGGAUGCAGCCACUAACACAGAUCCCUCAGGAGGCGAUCUCCAGGACGAGGCGGAUCGCAUGUUCCUGCUCAGCCUGAUGCCCUUCCUCCAGAGAUUGGACAAUCGUCGCCGGCUGCGCGUUCGCCAAAAGCUGCAGAACGUGCUCAUCGAAGAGCUUGAGUUCGGCUGAGGAUCCCGUUCCGGAAGCGGAUUAGUGGCAGAACUUGGGAAGAUGUACUUUAUAAGCGUAGCUUACAGUAUUAUAAGAACCCGACUGACUAACUCUGUGGAUCUGCCUACAUACGUAGCAUGUAAUCAGUAUUCCGGCCUGCCUUCCUUCAUUCACACACACUUGAAUACAUACCAUACUAUAUAUGUACAUAUAUUACAAUACAUUCGAACGUUUCCAAUAGACUAUCGCCCAGCGUAA